GCUCCCUAUCAGGACCCCCCAUUCCCUCCCCACCGUCCGAUCACUGGACCCGACGAAAAAACUGGACCUGCAAAAAAACUAUCGCGGGGCCUUGUCCUUUUUCUCGUUGUAGGCUAUAUAUAACCGUCGCGGUAUAAAUACGUCCGCACCGGAGCGCUCCGUUCAUCUCCUUUUCUCCGUCCUCUCUCUUUCUCAUUCUCUCAAGCAUAUUUAAAAAAAAAAAAAUUGUUUAAUCCGUGCGGUAGUUACACAAUGUGUGGGGGUGCGAUCAUUUCCGAUUUCGUUGUCGACAAAAGCCGCCGGAGGCUGACGGCGCGGGAGCUCUGGUCGAAAAUCGACACUUUCUCUGACCUCCUCGGCUUGGACGCCACCGGGAGCAAUGGUUCUUCGAAGCAGUUGGAGAACAAGGCCUCGGUACGCCUUCCGACGCCGAAGCAAGCUAACAAGGUGGAGGUGAGUGACCAGAAGAGUGCUGAAAAGGACCAGAAGAAGAGCCAGAGGAUUCGGAAGAACGUGUACAGAGGAAUCAGGCAGAGGCCGUGGGGAAAGUGGGCGGCGGAGAUUCGCGAUCCGCGUAAGGGAGUCCGCGUCUGGCUCGGCACUUUCAACACCGCCGAGGAGGCCGCCAUGGCCUACGACCAGGCCGCCAAGCGCAUCCGCGGCGACAAGGCGAAGCUCAACUUCGCCGACGCGGAUCACUCGCCGACGCCGGCGGCCAAGAGGCUGUGCGUCGCCGCCGCCGCCCCUAAUCCUCCUCCAUGCGCUGGUUUCGGGUUCCAGAAUGAACUUGGAGUGUGUGUUCAGAACCGAGAGGUGAGCGAGGUGGACGAUCGUGAGCUGAAGGAGCAAAUCUCGAGCCUGGAGUCGUUCCUGGGGCUGGAGCCGGAGCCGGAGCAGCUGGCCCAGGUGUGCGGAAUCGCAGAGCCUGAAUCAGUGGAUCUUUGGGCGCCAUGAAUCAUGAUCGAUCGACAGAUCCAUCUUCAUCUUGAUCUUGUAGCUAGGGUUCAGUGCCGCUGCUUUUAAAUGCGUAAUUAGUAGUUGUGUUUACUGUUUAAUGCUGCUAAUGCCACUGCUUCUGCGCGCGUCACUGUGUAAUCAUAAAGGUACAUACCUAUAGUGGCUUUAUGUAUGUGAAUGUACAUGAUAAUAACCCGGCGCGUGCAUGCACCUGCCAUGACAUGGGCGUGGUGUUGUCAUGGCCUGCGUUUGUUCCGGGACCUUGGAUUAUGCUUUUGAUGUCGGUGCAUGCAUCUUUUAAGU